AUGCCUUCAACACACAACAAAGAGAAGUCCUGGGACACGCCGGACAUUGACAAAUGGAAGAUCGAAGAAUUCAAACCCGAACAUAAUACCGCGGGCAGUUUCGCCGAGGAGUCGUCGUUCAUGACCCUCUUCCCUAAAUACCGUGAACAAUACUUGAAAGAAGCAUGGCCGGUCAUCACACGAGCACUGGAGAAGCAGGGCAUCGCCUGUACACUGGAUUUGGUGGAGGGCAGCAUGACAGUGAAGACGACGCGGAAGACUUGGGAUCCAGCAGCGAUUAUCAAAGCUCGAGACCUGAUCAAGUUGCUCGCACGAAGUGUGCCAGUGACACAGGCGCUGAAGAUCCUCGAGGACGGAGUGGCAUGUGACGUGAUCAAAAUUCGCAAUCAGGUGCGAAACAAAGAGCGCUUCGUGAAACGCCGACAGCGCAUUCUCGGCCCGAACGGUACAACUCUUAAAGCACUCGAGCUGCUCACCAGCACAUACAUCCUGGUGCAGGGUAACACGGUGGCCGUGAUGGGUCCGUUCAAGGGACUGAAGGAAGUGCGCCGAAUCAUCGACGACUGCAUGGCGAACAUCCACCCAAUUUACCACAUCAAGGAGUUGAUGAUCAAGCGCGAGCUCGCCAAGGACCCGACGCUGGCGGAAGAGUCCUGGGACCGGUUCUUGCCCAAUUUCAAGAAGCGCACGCUGUCUAAGCGCCGUGUGCCGUUCAAGGUCACCGACAAGGAGAAGAAGGUGUACACGCCGUUCCCGCCCGCGCCCGAGAAGAGCAAGGUCGACCUGCAGAUCGAGUCUGGAGAGUACUUCUUGUCGAAGGAGGCCAAGGAGCGUGUUCACAAGGAGGAGGUCAUCGAGCGCCAGCGCCUGAAGCGCGAGGAGAAGAUGCGCGAGCGCGAAAAGGACUUUGUUGCCCCCGAGGAAGCCGUUCCCGCCGAUCUAGAAGACAAGAAGAAGAAAAAGGAGAAGAAGGAAAAGAAAGAGAAGAGCGAGAAGAAGGAGAAGAGCAAGCGCAAGCGCGACGCCGAGGCAGAUGUCGAUGCCGACGAGACCGCCGAGCGCAAGGAGAAGAAAAAGAAGAAGAAGAGCAAGUCUACAGAGGCUUCCUCCGAUGCGGAAUGA